AUGACAGUCGCGGAAAGUUACAGCCCAGAAGAUAUCUGGCAGCUUAACCUCGACUGCGAUGACGUUGUUGUAAGCUACCGGCAGGUACUGUCAACGAACACUCCACCGUCCCGUGCACGUGUCGACUUCCGCCAUGGAGCUCUCGGAGUCAAAGCCGAACGGCUCUUGCGAACUUCCAGCUGCGUCACAGUCCAGGACGUAUUUCGUUCUUUGAUCGCAAAGGGCUAUGGGCAGACCAGUCUCUGGUCGGAUGGCGUCACCGGGAACGGUGUUUAUAUCCUGUUCGUUGCUUUCGAGCUUUGGAAUAUGUUCUGCCUUGGCGAGGACAGCCAGAAAGCCUUCCAGUCGCUCGUGAAAGCUGUAAGCCAGAAGUUGAAUGAGGAAGGACAAGCAACCGGUCCUGCUGCACUUGGCCUCCCUAUCGACAUCGAGAUUCCAAGCGGCUUCCCAAUAGUGCAACUCCCACUAUCACGCCACUUGGUCGUCGAAGAAUGA